UCCGAAAGAAAAAGUUACAGCCUACCUUGUGGAAGUUAGAAUGGUCGUAACAGCGUCACACUGGACUUUGUUUUAACCUUUAUCUAUUAAACUGUACAUUUUAUAACCAAAAUUGUAUAAUCUUAACACAAGACUGUCUGCCGAGGCCCAAUUCAUCCCAUGAUUCGGAAAUGGAUAUGCUUGUUCGCUGUGCUGGCCGGAUUCGCCACACCAGGUCUCGUCCAUGUGCGGGCCAUGGAGGUAUACACCAAGGCGAAGGAGGUGGAGGCGGUUAACGGCACGAGCAUAAAACUCCACUGCACGUUUAAGUCGACAGAGCCCAUCACUGAGGACUCGGCCAUCGUGACUUGGAAUUUCCGGCCACUGAAACCUGGGCCGGAGGAAACGGUGAUUCACUACCAGGAGGAGCCGUUCCCUCCGACGGAGGGUCGCUUCAAAGGCCACGCUGUGUGGUCAGGAGACGUCAUGAAUGGGGACGUCUCCAUCACGCUCCUCGACGUCCAGUUCAUCUUCAACGGCACCUACAGCUGUGAGGUGCGCAACCCCCCAGACUUCCAGGGCUUCGCAGGGGAGGUUGUCCUGAAGGUCGUGCAAAAAGCCUCCGUCUCCGAAAUCAAAAUCUUGGCGGCGUCAGUAGGAGGCGGCAUCUGUGUGAUUGCCGUCCUCCUCGUGGUGGUGGUGGUGAUGCGGAAGCGUCUGUGCAAGUGUCACCAUGACGACGACCUGGAGGUGGAGAUGAGGGAGCGCAAGUGGAAGGACCCUACUGCCUGCAAACUAGAGGAGGCCAUCCACCUGAUGGUAGUGGAGAAGGCUCUAGAGGUGGACAGCUCUGACGAUGAAGAGAGCGAUGAUGAUGAUGAUGACGAAGAUGAUGAUGAUGAUGAUGAUGAAGAUGAUGAUGAUGAUGACGAUGAUGACGACGACGAUGAUGAUUAGCACAGAUAACCUCAGCGCAGACUGCUGAGGUAUAGCAGGAAAAAGCAGACUUUGAGAAAGCACUGUCAGUAUUGUCUGACAGACGAUGCCUAACCCAUCACCGUCAUGAUGUGCCUAGCCCUCUCAAACCACUGCUGGCUACUGUAGAUGUAUCCAUCUUUUUAAAAGUAAACCGUAAAGAAUGCAGUCCAUGCUAGGUUCACCACCAUCACUUGAUCUCCUUCAGUUCUACCAACUAAAAAAUGGGCCUAGUUUAAUUUCCCUUUAAAUGCUGGUUUGUGCCACUGAUAUCUUUCUAGUGCUGGAAUGGACCAAGUGAUGUGGUUGCUACAGCUGUUGUGUGUGUGUGUGUGCGCGCGCGCCUAUGCCAACAAAGAGGUGUGUCCACAUCUUGGUGAAUGUAUACCCAGAAUGCUUUUCUCUGUUCCUGCAGCCAUGCUGUAUCAUGGGGUGUGUGUAUGGGAGCGUGCGUAUGUGUGUGUGUAUGAAAACAUGAGACAAAUGUGGGUGUGGUGAGAGACAGACAGACAGACAGAAAUGUAAUUGUAAUGCAUUACAGGUUUUGGCUUAUGAAGGUGUUUGUACAAUAGUGGGAUAUGACAUUUUAUGUGUAUAUAAGAUUUAUUGCAGAAAAUAUUGCACUGCCUUUUUUACAUUGUUGUGUCUUAAUGUCAGUCAAACAGAUCAACUCUAAAAUGUAACAUCUUACAUUUUCUGUAACAUUCCUAUUUUCUGUAAAUUGCACAUAUAUGAUUGUAUUUUAAGAACAAAUAAAUGUUGAGCUUUUCUGA